AUGGGUACUUCUAGCACAACCCAUACUUCCUCUGCCGCAUCCCACAUACCCCGUCAGCUGUCCACAAAUAUCCAAAGCGACAUUUUUAAACAAUCACGAGCUACCUUCAAAUCUUCAGACCCAAACAGACGCAGCAUACUCGCCAUGUCAAACAACCGGAACAUCGAAGACAAAGCCUCGCCUCUGUCCGUUGAGGGCAAGCCGACUGAGUACCUCAACUCAGCAGCCAACGGUAAAGAAGAGAACAUGCGAGCCUCCUCUCAACAUGCCCAGAAGGCUGUCGAGGUGCAGGACAAGAACCAUGCCGAAGAUUGGCUAGAUGCACAGCGCGUUGCCUUCGAGCUUGCAAUGGGAAACAGGGACUCAACGCGAGGCAACUAA